AUGCCGUCGUCCACAAUCUCCAUCACCGUCACCCACCUCGGCUCCCUCAACGUCGGCUACCGUCUCACCAACAAUGCCGUCGACACAGCAAAACCCACACUGAUCUGCAUAAACUCAAUGUGCAUGACCACCGCGCUCUUCGAUGCGCAGUUCAACGAUGCAACGCUCACCGAUACUAUGAACAUCCUAGCCAUUGAGCCCCUCGGCCACGGAUCAACCACCUUCCCCACCAAAGCCAGCCACUUCACGUACUGGGACUCGGCAAUUGUUGCACUGGAAGUCAUGACCGCCUUGAAUGUCAAAAAAGCAUUUGUUCUGGGCACGAGUCAGGGCGGGUGGAUGGUGGUGCGCAUGGCGCUUCUUGCGCCCGAGAGAGUCCUUGGCUUGCUUUCCCUGGGAACGAGUAUGGAUGCCGAGACGCCAGAGACGAGAGAGAAAGGGUGUUGGGAUCCUGUUCCGCUGCUCAGCCCGUUUGCAGAGAAGUGGGCGAGUGCUGUGUCUACGGCGGACUUUGAGAUAGAUGAUCAGUGGUGUGGGAUGGUCGCUAGCUUUGGCUUUGGGUCGCAUGCAACAGACGAGUCGACUUCUUUCUGGACAAGAGUAUUGAAGGAGACAUAUGCUGGUGACGAAGGGAGGAGGAAGGCGAGGAUGGCUGUCCUGUGCUUGAUGUCGAGAGACUCGCUGACAUUGCGCCUGGGAGACAUCACUUGCCCAGUGUUCUGGCUUCAGGGAACAGAAGACACGCCUUACGGGUGCCAGGUGCAGCACGAGCAGAUCGAGCUGUUCACGGCGAGCAAAGAGAAGAAGUUGAGCAUUGUGGAGGGCGGUGCGCAUUAUCUGAAUGCCACGAAUGCGAAAGAGAUCAACCAGGCGGUUUUAGAGAUGGUCCAAAAGCACGCAUGA